AUGAAGUUCGGAGAACAGCUCAAUAGGGCGCUUAUCAGAGAAUACAGCUACUACUACAUCUGUUACGACGAUCUCAAAAACGAUCUGGAAGAAAAUUUGGAGUCAAACGGUCAAGUAUGGAGUGAGACGUUGGAAACGCAGUUUUUGGAAUCCUUGGAACUGGAAUUGGACAAAGUUUACACUUUUUGCAAAGUCAAGCACAACGAGGUCGUAAGAAGAGUCAAAGAGGCUCAGGAACAAGUACACUCGACUGUGCGGGCUUUGGACUCGAAUGUGCCCCCAUCGGAGCUGGACUUCGAGAUUCUGGAAGAAGAGCUAUCGGACAUUAUCGCCGAUGUGCACGACCUCGCCAAGUUCUCAAGACUCAACUACACCGGGUUCCAGAAAAUCAUCAAAAAACACGACAAAAAGACCAAAUUCAUUUUGAGACCUGUUUUCCAAGUUCGUUUGGACUCUAAGCCAUUUUUCAAAGAAAAUUACGACGAUUUAGUGGUGAAAAUCUCGCAACUCUACGAUUUGGUCAGAACCCGUGGAAACCCAAUCAGAGGUGACGCCGCCUCGGGUGGUAAACAGCAAAAUUUCGUUAGGCAGACCACCAAAUACUGGGUCCACCCGGACAAUAUCACAGAGCUCAAACUGAUUAUCUUGAAGCAUUUGCCCGUUUUGGUGUUCAACAGCAACAAAGAGUUUGAAGCUGAGGACUCUGCCAUCACUUCCAUCUACUACGAUAAUGAGGAUUUGGAUCUAUACUAUGGUCGUCUAAGAAAAGAUGAAGGCGCCGAGGCUCACCGUCUAAGAUGGUACGGAGGAAUGGGUUCUGACACGAUUUUUGUCGAGCGGAAAACUCACAGAGAAGACUGGACAGGUGAAAAGUCCGUGAAGGCCAGAUUUGCGUUGAAAGAGCGUUACAUCAACGAGUUCUUGCACGGUAAGUACACUGUGGAACAAGCGUUUGCCAAAAUGCGCAAAGACGGUAAGAAGAGUUUGAAAGAAAUCGAAAACUUGGAGGCUUUGGCCACUGAAGUCCAAUACACUAUGUUGAAGAAGAAAUUGCGGCCUGUUGUGCGUUCUUUCUACAACAGAACCGCUUUCCAGCUUCCUGGUGACGCCCGUGUGCGUAUUUCGUUAGAUACAGAAUUGACCAUGGUUAGAGAAGACAACUUUGAUGGUCAUAACAGAACCAACAACAAUUGGAGACGUAUGGAUAUCGGCGUUGAUUGGCCAUUCUCGCAAUUGCCCGAAAAGGAUGUUUGCAGAUUCCCUUAUGCCGUCCUGGAAGUCAAGCUGCAGACCCAAUUGGGCCAGGAACCACCUGCUUGGGUUCGUGAAUUGGUCGGAUCUCACUUGGUAGAACCCGUCCCCAAGUUCUCCAAGUUCAUUCACGGUGUGGCUUCAUUGUUGGGCGAUAAAACUGACUCAAUUCCGUUCUGGCUACCGCAGAUGGAUGUGGAUAUCAGAAAGCCCGCUAUCCCAACUCAUAUCAACAUCAGCAGACCUGGUCGUGACGAAAACGAUUCCGACGAUGACAUUUACGAGAGCCAGUCGCAUCCUAACGGUAACUUGCUUGAUGUGGAAGAAAGCGUGGGCUACGGCGCCAUUGCGGGCGCUGACCACACUGCGCCACAUGCUGGAACUAGGCCUAAUGCUGCACGCAAGACCCCCCAAACUUCCUCCAACCCAAUAUUACGUGUGUACCGUCAGGCCUACGCAGCUAUGGACCACUAUCUGCACGGCGAUCAGAUCACCAAAGUGCCCGAAGGCACAGUUUUCGACACCCAGGUUUCUGCUCCUCCAGGCAAGACCAUCUGCGUGCCCGUGAGAGUCGAGCCCAAAGUAUAUUUUGCCACGGAAAGAACCUUUUUAUCCUGGUUGUCUAUCGGACUGACCCUAAACGCUGUGGCCAUUUCCAUGCUCAACUACGGUACUGAUGCCACGAUGGUUGCUUCUGUCGGAUUUUUCCUUACUGCUCUGGUCACCAUCAUCUACAAUGGUUACGUCUAUUGCAAAAGAGUCGUCAACAUCCGUAUGAAGCAUGCUGUCGACUACCAGGAUAAGAUUGGACCCCCAUUGGUGUGCGGUUUCCUGGUAUUAUCAACACUUUUCAGUUUUUACUGCAAGUGGGCAGACUACUGA